UCAUAAUGGAAAGAGGUCCGAACCUUAGCUCGUUGGCUAUCUAUAUAAGCCGGUCACUCGCGGGCCGUCGUUCGCUUCUCAAUUCUCUCCCACAUCUUCAGCUCUUUCAUCUCCAACUUUCUCCCUCGACCUACGCAGUCUCUUUCGACCAUGCAGCUUUCCUCCGCUCUCCUGUCGGCCACGGCGCUCCUUGCCCAGGUGGCCUCUGGUUUCUACCUAUCGUCACCUGAUGAUCCCACCCCCCAACCAGGAUACGCCGAAGUGAUAGGGGAUGACGUCGGCUUUCGCAAGGGGAAUGGCACUCUUGCGUCCAUUCAACUGGAUGAAGAAGGGGAUAUUGAAAAAAGCGGAUUUAUGUUCCAAGCCUGGGUUGGCGCGAGUUCCUAUGCGCUUGUGCCAACAGCGAGCAAAACCGUCGGCCCAAACGACCUGACGAAGCCAUUUGUCAUCGAGAAUGGCGAGUUUGUGUAUAAAGGAGAAGGAGAAUACCAAUGGUUCUUGGCUUUUGAUGGCGAUAUCGCCAAAAUUCAUCUUAAUAUCCCCCGAGACGCCGUGCCGCCGCCCUUUUUCCCGGGUGCCAAUAUCCAUUUCAAUAUCACGCUCCUGGCUCACGAGCGCAAGCAGGGGGGAAAGGUGAAUGAGACGGGUGUGUGA